AUGAGUCAUUUCCUGGGUGCGCCUCAUCAUCGCCGAGAUUCGCACUCGUCAGAUGAAGGCUUUGUCGGUGGAUCAAAGCAUGAUGCAGCCGCUCGUCGGAUGUUUCACGUGUUAGCGAGAACGGAUCGGCGGUUGGCAAGCGACGCCGGAUUGCAAGCUGCCUUGAGGGCGGUUGACAACGACGAUACCAUCACACAGACACAAUUGAUCGAACAGCUACUGCAAACUGCACAAGACGAAAGAGAUUUAGCGGAAAGCGGAUUGCCGCACGAAGAUGGUGAAACGAUUGACGGUGAAGAAGACUUUGUGGAUACGCUAAUCGAUCAUCCCGAGACGUCGACAAGUCAACCAGUUGAAGAAGAUGAGAAGAAAGAGCAUAAGCAUAAACGAAAGGGAUAUCCGAAAAUGGCCAAGAAGAAAAUCGAGACGUUUAUUGAGUUUGUACUUGCAAAAGUGAACCAACAAUGGAUGUUUCACAACAAAAGCGUUAAGAAAGAGAAACGAAGCAAAGAAGUAAAACGACGACUUUUGGAGCUUUUCAACGAAGAACCAAAAGAUGUGACUCACCAGGAUCCACACGAGUCACUUUUUCUUACGGAGAAUUGGGAUCCGUAUCUCAACUUUGUGCUCGCGUUAUUCGUCUUCAUUUUGGCAAUUGGAGCCGCUGGAAAAUUUCUACCGUAUUGCAGUCUCCUCUGCGCAAUUGCCACUUUCUUCUCGCUGAUGACAUUUGUGGCUCUCGCCGAACAACAAGAUCAUUAUGCCGUCUACGCCGUUGUAGCAAAUCUCGUUAGUUGUCUUCCAACAAUUCUCUCGAGAAUGAGAUUGUCGAUCGGUUACUGGCAAAUUUGGCGACCAGUUCGAGAGCUUCGUUUUGCUUAUUUCACAAUGUCGAUCUCGCUUCCAUCCGUGGCUCUUCUCUCAAUUCCAGUCGCCUAUUUUCUCAUGGCUCUUCGGCAAAAGACUUGGUUGGAUCGACUGCAAACGAUUGUGCCACACCUGGUUUGCAUUAUUUGGGCAGAUAUUGCGAUGACACUGUGGAUGAUUGGAUGGCAAGGGUUUACGUAUGUGGACCUUCUGUUGACGGGAAGUGCAGCAAUUCUCUUUUCAUUGCCGAGUGAAUGGUCCCUUGCCACCGGAGUUGUAAUUGCCGGAGCCGCUUUUGCUCAAAUGCGAUCUUUUAUUGAUUGGAAAAGCGUCGUGAAAGCUGUGGUGACGUCGUGCGUGCUCGCCUCUCCGUUUAUCGCUGCAAAGAUUUUCUCGUGGCUUUCGAAGUUGUAUCAAGUGCAAGUCUUUCCCGAUGAUUCAAAGAAACGUCGCUGGGUGCUUGCAAUGGCAUAUCUUUUAUCUCUUCUUGUUACGAUCUCGUUUUUGUACCAAGGACAACUCUCUUUCGAUCCAAAAGUUGAUUUGACUAAUAUGACAUGGUUGCAAUUCGAGAAACAUUGUGCUCCCACCAGCGCUAAUCAAGUGAUGAGUCAAAUUGAAUGUUCACAGCUCAAAGGUACCGCGGUGCAAUGGAAAGGUGCUGUGCAAAGUGUGCGAGUGGCCACGAUAGAGAACGCCUUUGAAUCACUCCUCGCUUAUGUUCCCGAUUCACUUGGACAAUCGAUUCGAUGCUUCUACGAUACAAAUUCGACUCUCAUUUCGCACAAUAGUGGAAUGACACCGAAUCAAUGCUCUUUGACUGCACAUAAUGUCUACACGUUUGACUUGGAUAUAGUUGGACCAUAUGGGGAUCGUCUAGUGAGCUCAUCGAAGGGCCAAUUGCUACUUUCGGCAACACAUGCGUUCACGGAUAUGCUUAAGCUGAUCGAGGAAGGAGACGUGGUGCAAUUCGUCGCCUACUUCGACAACUACCCGAUCUUUCGUUACCCACCUCGGUUGAAGUUGUUGCAGCUGGAAUGCAUCCACUGCAAGAAAUUCCAAAAGGGCCACAAUUCACAUCUGCGGAUCACCUCGUCGAAGCUCGAUCGAACUGGUGUCUGGCACCGGAUCUUUGCAGCUUUCAAGUUCUUUUUCCAUUUCAUUUUUGCUCCAUUUAUUCGAAUUCGC